AGAGGGGGCGGCGGCGGCAGCACGGGCGGGCGGGCGGGAAGGAUGGUGUUUCUGUGGCCCGGGCGGCGGGUGCGGACUAGGAGCCAGGCUACGGUUUGGCCGAAGCGACGUGUGCUCAGGAGCAGCCGGCGCGGGUGCCGCUGAGGCAGGCAGGACCGACUGACUGACGGACCGACGGAAGGCGACCCGAGAGCCGGUCCCGGGGCCGCGCCGUAGGCGAGAUGCCGGGGCCGCCGGCGUUGCUGCUGCUGCUGUUGCUCCUGGCCGCCGGCAGUGCGGGGGCCGCGCCACUUCCGCAAACAGGUGCAGAGGAGGCACCUGCUGCAGAAGUCUCAUCUUUUGUGAUCCUGUCUGUGUGCAGUUUACUGGUAUUAAUAGUGUUAAUUGCAAACUGUGUAUCCUGCUGUAAGGACCCGGAAAUAGACUUCAAGGAAUUUGAAGAUAAUUUUGAUGAUGAGAUAGAUUUCACACCACCAGCAGAAGAUACCCCCUCUGUUCAGUCCCCGGCAGAAGUUUUCACACUUUCAGUACCAAAUAUCUCACUACCAGCUCCAUCCCAGCUCCAGCCUUCUGUAGAAGGUUUGAAGUCUCAAGUUGCCCGCCACAGUCUAAACUACAUCCAGGAAAUUGGAAAUGGCUGGUUUGGAAAGGUCCUCCUGGGAGAGAUUUACACGGGCACUAGCGUAGCAAGAGUAAUAGUGAAGGAAUUAAAAGCAAGUGCAAGCCCAAAGGAACAAGAUACUUUUUUGAAAAACGGAGAACCUUACUAUAUUCUUCAGCAUCCAAAUAUUCUUCAGUGUGUUGGACAAUGUGUAGAAGCAAUUCCCUAUCUUCUGGUGUUUGAGUUCUGUGACUUGGGUGACCUAAAAGCUUACCUGCGCAACGAGCAAGAGCACAUGAGGGGGGACUCGCAGACCAUGCUGCUGCAGCGGAUGGCCUGCGAGAUUGCAGCGGGCCUGGCUGCCAUGCACAAGCUGCACUUCCUGCACAGUGACUUAGCCUUGCGGAACUGUUUUCUUACCUCGGACCUGAAUGUGAAAGUCGGAGAUUAUGGAAUAGGAUUCAGCAGGUACAAGGAGGAUUAUAUUGAAACAGAUGAUAAAAAAAUUUUCCCUCUGCGAUGGACUGCUCCAGAAUUAGUAACCAGCUUUCAAGACAGACUACUAACUGCAGAUCAAACGAAGUAUAGUAAUAUCUGGUCCCUGGGUGUGACACUUUGGGAGCUUUUUGAUAAUGCUGCUCAGCCUUAUUCCAGCCUUUCCAACUUAGAUGUUCUCAAUCAGGUGAUUCGAGAGAGAGACACAAAGCUCCCUAAGCCUCAGCUGGAGCAGCCUUAUUCUGAUAGAUGGUAUGAAGUUUUGCAAUUUUGCUGGCUGUCACCAGACAAGAGACCAGCAGCCGAGGAUGUGCAUAGAUUGCUCACCUACCUGCGGAUGCAAAGCCAAAGGGACUCAGAAGUUGACUUUGAACAACAGUGGAAUGCUCUUAAACCAAAUACAAAUAGCAGAGACACUUCAAGUAAUGCUGCCUUCCCAAUUCUCGACCAUUUUGCCAGGGAUCGGCUUGGUCGCGAGAUGGAGGAGGUCCUCACCGUGACUGAGACCAGCCAGGGCCUGAGCUUUGAGUAUGUCUGGGAGGCGGCUAAGCAUGACCACUUUGAUGAGCACAGUCGGGGCGCCCCAGACGAAGCCUUGUCCUACACAAGCAUCUUUUUUCCAGUUGAAGUUUUUGAGAGUUCACUUUCAGAUCCCGGGCCAGGGAAACAAGACGACAGUGGCCAGGAUGUCCCCCGUGGGGCCCCUGGAGUGGUUCCUGUUUUUGAUGCCCACAACCUUUCUGUUGGAAGCGACUAUUACAUCCAGUUGGAAGAAAAAAGCGGUAGCAACUUGGAGCUCGAUUACCCGCCCGCACUGCUCACAACCGAGAUGGAUAACCCAGAGAAGAUAAGUGAUGAGACGUCCCAGUUUCUGACACUCAAGAAUCUUGAAUUUGAGGAGUCCAGUACAGAUGAGGAUUUCUUCCAAAGCAGUACAGACCCCAAAGAUUCCAGCAUCCCCGAGGACGUCCAUGUUCCCAGGGGCCCUGAGAGCCCCUUCAACAGUAUAUUUAAUGAUCUGGACAAAUCAGAUGGUCUGCCCAGUCACCAAAAAAUAUUUGACUUAAUGGAACUAAACGGAGUUCAAACGGACUUGAAGCCGACCACUUUAAGUUCAAGUCUGGAUGCCUCCAGAGAGUCGGUAACAACAUGCCACUUUGAGAAAGAAAAGCCCCGUAAGCUUUUUGACUCUGAGCCUCUUUGCUUAUCAGAAAACCUUUUGCACCAGGAUAAUUUUGAUCCACUGACUGUUCAAGAAUUGUCAGAAAACUUUUUAUUUCUUCAAGAGAAAAACUUACUAAAAGACUCAUUGUCUAGCAAAGAACAUGUAAAUGAUCUUCAAACAGAACUUAAAAACGCUGGUUUCACUGAAACAAUGUUAGAAACUCCACGUAGAAAUUCUUUAGAUCCUGAGGUUAACUUUGCUGAAAAUAAACCAGGCUUUUCUUUGUUGCAGGAAAACGUAAGUGCAAAAGGUAAAGACACAGGUGUCGUGUUCAAGGACAACACUUUGAAUACCUCAUCACAGUCUUCCCCGGAAGUGCAGGUACCUCCUACCUCUCUCGAAACAGAAAGAACACCUCAUCAUGUACCUCCAGAUAUGUUCCUGAAGCAGGGAGAACCCACAUGUUCAGAUGUCAGUGUCCAUGAAGACUGUCUCUGCCAAGAAAUCAGUCCAGACUCUGUGGCCGUCACAGUUGUAAUCCCCUCAACUGAUGCCAAAGCACACAGCAUUGGCGACAGGUCCCAUGACUUGACCCACCAAAGUCCAGAGACCUUGAGACUGACCAAAAGUGACUCGGUUCUUGUUGAUGACCUUUUUGCCAAUAAGGUGAGUAUAGGAAAUAAUCUUCCAGAAUUGAGACAGAACUUACAAAACCAGCCCCUUUCAGAAGACCAUCACAGCAAUAGUCUGCUGGAGAAAAACGUGGAAGCUGUGGAGACUUUGAGUCAGCUGCAUUGUAAAGAUGCUACAAAAGAGGGGGGCUUGGUGUCCGUCCUCUCCUCGGACUCAACCAGUCAAGACAGCCUUUUAGAAGACAGCUUGUCAACACCCAUUCCGACUUCAGAACAGUCUGUGGAGACCCCAGACUCUCUGGAUUCAGUGGAUGUCCAUGAAGUUUUAUUGGGUUCGUUAGGCUCUCACACGCCUCAGAAACUCCUGCCCCCUGAUAAGCCUGCAGACAGUGGCUACGAGACUGAAAACUUGGAGUCCCCUGAAUGGACUCUGCACCCUGCUUCUGACGGCGCCGCAGCCUCAGAGCCGUCCACAGCAGGUGACAGCGGUCAUAGCAGUUUGCCUCCCAACCCGGUCAUUGUCAUCUCAGACGCAGCCGAUGGCCACAGAGGUACAGAAGUGACCUCGCAGACAUUUGCACCUGGCCCUCAGAGCUCAUACCGAGACUCUGCUUACUUCUCAGAUAAUGACUCUGAGCCGGAUAAGAAGUCCGAGGGGGUCCCAGGACCCUCAGCUUCAGCCUUGGAAUUGGUAACGGAUCAGCCCCUGCCGGAGCCAGUCAUUCCAGAGCAAAGUCCUGGCACCAGGGACGGUUGCCGGGAAACCAGACAUGGCCAGCCAGACCAAAGUUGUCUACCUGUGUCGCAAGAUUCCAGUCACCUGGAGUUGAGAGAAACGUUGGAACCGGCACCAGCUGAUGUUUCCAAGCAGACACCUCCUCCUCAAGACGAGGCUGGCAGUCCCUUGAGUUUGUUGAAUUCCGAGCUAAGCAGCUGUGAUGACUUUGAGGCACAAGAGGAGCGCCCCUGCACGCUCGCCUCCACUGGCACCAACACCAACGAGCUCCUCGCCUUUGCAAAUGCCACCCUCUGUUCCAGCAGCGCGUCAGACCUGACGGUGGAGAAGACCCUCUGCGGCCACGCCGAGGGCCACAAGUUGAAAGAGCCAGAUAUCGAAGGGAAAUACCUGGGGAAACUUGGUGUGUCGGGCAUGCUUGACCUCUCUGAGGACGGCAUUGAGGCAGACGAGGAAGACGAAAACAGUGACGACUCCGACGAGGACCUGCGGGCGUUCAACCUGCACAGCCUCAGCUCUGAGUCGGAGGAUGAGACCGAGCAUCCCGUGCCUGUGAUCCUCAGUAACGAGGAUGGAAAGCACUUACGGAGCCUGUUGAAACCCUCAGCCACCGUUGCCAUUGAUCAGCUCCCCGAUGACUGGAAAAAAGAAAAGAAGGCAGUGACAUUUUUUGACGAUGUCACAGUCUAUCUGUUUGACCAGGAGACCCCAACCAAAGAGCUGGGGCACUGUGGAGGAGAUGCACGUGGCCCUGAGUUGAACAGCCCGGCACCUUCUUCAGGCUCUCCCUACCUGAGCAGGUGCAUAAAUUCGGAAAGCUCAACUGAUGAAGAAGGUGGAGGCUUUGAAUGGGAUGACGACUUCUCCCCCGACCCUUUUAUGUCGAAGACAACAAGUAACCUUCUUAGUUCUAAGCCUUCUCUUCAGACGUCCAAGUACUUCUCGCCACCUCCGCCGCCCCGGAGUGCGGAACCGAGCUGGCCUCACACACCGCCGUAUUCCAGAUUCUCCAUCUCUCCUGCCAACAUCGCCAGCUUUUCUCUCACACACCUUACUGACUCGGACAUCGAACAAGGAGGAAGCAGCGAAGACGGAGAAAAGGAUUAGGUGGACACAGAUGUGCUCCCGGGCCCCGGGCCGCUCCCCCAGGGCGGCACUCCUGCACCGAGCCCAGCGGCGACAUCCCUCCACGUCGGCUGCAGCGGGCCCGGCCCAGGAGAGAGACUCAGGCGGCCGGGACGGAGCUGCGCUGGCUCCGUGCCCACGGCGGGCAGCCCGGCGGGGGAGGCCCUGGGCCGCUCUCACCCGCCGGAGGUGCUCGCGCCCUGGUCAUCCUUGGGGGGCGUCGACCCUGCUCUGGUGUGUGGGGAACUGAAGGCUCGGGGUUGUUUUCGGUGCGGGGUGUUCUCCGCCUCCACACCUGUGCAUCCCUUCUGUGCGUGAGGGCCCAGGGGAGCACGAUGGGAAUGGGCACCAGUGAGCCAUAUUUAUUAUUUUUAAAGAAAUCACUAAUUGCUUUCUGUAAUUGCACUGUGGAUAAAUGUUCUAGGAGUACCUGAUAUUGUACAGAAUCGUAAAUUAUUCAAGGAAAAUAAGGCAGGUCAAGCUGGUGCUAUCCACUAGUUUGAUUUCUUUCUCUGUUUUAUAGUUUGUUUGCUCUGCAUGGUACUUGUAAAGUUUAAAUUUUUGAGUGUUCUGCUGUCUAGAAUUGUUGGAAUUGUACAUAUGGUACUUUUUCGUAAAUGAUACAUGAUUCCUAAUGUUAGUGUUUUUUGUUCUUAUAGGAAGUACUUUUGAUGAGUCCAAAAAGACUGCUUUGUUCUGUUGACCGAAUGAAACAUACGUUUGUCUCUUUCUAUAACGCAGGUUCCUUGUAGCAAGUGACGCUUCUCUGAGGAGCUGAAGGGUCUUGCAGCCCCUCUGUGUGAUUCUCUCACCCCACUCCCCCAUUUUUUUAGACCCUUCGGUUAAACUUGACAGGUGGUUCACCCCAGAAGUCCGCUUUGGGUCAGAACGUCCAGGUGUCUGUCCUGCCCCUCUCCCUGGGAGCCGUGCUCUGCUGUGGCCCCUGAACCACCUCCCCUCACGCCGGCUCCUCUGCUUAGUGUUUGGAAGCACAGGCUGCUGGGGCUUCGGUGUCCCUGUAGCUCCUUCCUUCAGCCGCUGCCAAACUCUAAGGAGGAAGCUGCCCACGCAGGGCUCUGGUUGCCGAGGACAGUCUGAGUUCAUUCUGUUUGUACAUACUGGGUGUUGAGCUUUCAAAUAACGUCCAGAGUUUUUCCUGGAGUUUUCCUGGAAGAACCACCCCGCGUCACGGCCAGCGGCGGCCGGGCUCUGUAACCGAGGAGAUACACUACAUCCCGCAGCUGGGAGCAGGGACGAGAGACCAUGGCGAGCCUGCGCAGCCAGCACGUCCUCCUGGUUGGGACCUCCCACCCGGAUGCGGCCCUGGGACUCAUCUGCACUGACCCUUCCCUUCUGCAUUAAGCACCACGUUUUCCCCUUGCCUUGAAAAGGACCGAGUGUGUGCAGCGCCACCUCCUAAUGUUGCCAGGAAUUGGGUGUUCAUGAUAAAAAGCUGACCUCAUUCUGCACUCUGUGCGUUCUGCUUUGACAUCAGGAAGUUUCCAGGGACUAGAGCAGCAUGUGUUGAAGGAGGCUUGGCAUGUCCGCUGUGAAGCCGUGUAUACCGGGGUCGGGUGUCGGGUCUGUGGUCACCACCCUGGCCCUUCACCCCAAAUGUUUUCCGGUGCUGAUUUGCUUCCCCGACUCCAGCAUAACACAGGUCCACUGGGGCUGCGUGAUAGAAAUCCCAGCAACCCUGGUCCUAGCGCAAGAUGCAGUUGUGUAUACUGGCUAGAGUUUACAAAGUAAAUUAUGACCUUUAUUAUCAAUUCUAGUUCGCUCCACUAACGUUUUAUACUAGCAAUAACUUUCCCGAGCAAGAACUCAGAAUGGAGAAAGAGCCCCCUUUACUCUCCACUUGGUGUGAGCAGGGAGCUGAACAAGGAAAAGUUAAUAGGGCAUUAGAAGGUGAUUUUGCCAAAACUGUCAUAACUCUGAAUUUCUUGCUAUGAGGACUUCCUGAGUUUCCUGAAUUUUUACAUCUAACUAUCAGUCUUUGUUGAGAGAUAUAUGAGAGGUGAUAAUUAAUACAAGUUUUUUCAAACUAUAACGAGUUCAGAUUUCAUGACUAAAGUCAAGCAGAUCCAUAGAAUAUAUAGUCUUCUUGUAUAAUCAGCCCGGGAUAAAUUUAUUGAUAGGUGGGGGCUGUACCUUUUUCACUAUGAUUAAGGAGAUUUUAACAACCUAAUUCCCAUUUUAAUUUAUUUUAGGUCUAUCUUGCUGUCAUGAUUAAUUGCCAAAAGAAAGCAUUUUAUACAUUGAGUUGGGGGGGUGGGUUGGAGUAGUAAAUCUUACUGUGGUGUUGCAUGGUGGGGAAGAUUUUAUAUUUAUAAUAAACAUGUGAGUCAACAUGUUCUUUUGAAAUCUCAAGCAAUACACGGGAAACCAAUUAUGUAGAUUAGAAUUUUUGGCCCAUCUUUGAAGUGUCAGCAUGUGCUUUGUUGUUCAAGUCAGGUUUUCUUUUUGUUUUUUGGUGUUUUUUUUUUUUUUUUUAACUACAUUGGUUACCAAUAGUGGGUUUUCAGACCGAACUUGUUCUAAUAAGUUAUGCAAUGAAAUAAAUCAGUGGAAUUCUCCAGAUAAUAUGGGUGAGGUUAAUAAUACCUGGUUCACAGUGGUAUUUUCCUGGCCUUCUUUGGAAUCUAUCAGGUUUUAAUUUGUGCUACUCUGGUGGAGUUUACGUAUUUUAAAUCCUAUAAUAAAAAGAACCUUCAUUUCCUUCCUAGCUAGAUGUUAAUUUGUGUUAUCACACGAUCCUGUCCAUAAGUCAGAAAAAGAAAUGUAAAAAAAUAAAAAAGUGCUCCCCAAAUCCUUCUGGAACUUGGACUGUGCGUCUGGGUAAGAAGCCAUUCAUCUUAAGGGUGAAGAAGCUCUGUGAAGCUGAAUUGAAAACAGAGCAUUCGUUCUAUUUUUAAAUGUACAGGUGAUUGUUUCUAUAGAAAUGGGUUUUAUCUUAGAAAAGUCUUUGUAUGUUUUGCUGCCGUAAAACGCCUUUCAGAACCACUCCCUCGUAUUCAUAUUUUCCAUAGGGUACUUGUAGGGUUAGCGACUUACUGCAUGUCUGUCCUGGGGGCCCCGGGGCGUGAGGGAGGCAGCGCCUGGUUUUGCCCUACUCAGCCCACCAUCUGACAGUUCGGGAAGUGAGCCCAGUGUUAGGCUCCGAAUGUUGGGCUUCGGUGAUAGGGGCUUCAGAAUAAUAGCCUUAUGAGAAGUAGCCUUAAAAUAAGAAUGGGUAACUCAAUUACUUCAGAUUUCAAUCCCAUAAACAAUAUUCCUGAUAGUAGCGGGGCUGGCUCCAGUUUUGGCUAUUAACAAACUCCUCUUUAGUACACAGGUAAAUUCUGAAAGAUGCGUAGACAGUACUGAACUACCAACAACCUGUUACCCAAAGGGCUUGAACUAGGUUGUUCAGGCUCACACAAGCGCAGGCAGACCUUACCAAUGGGCCGGUGUGUGCAUCCACUGUUGAAUCUGGUCUGCAAGUGAGGACCCAUGGGGGCAGUCACACCCACGCAGCUUCCCUGUUGUGCUUUAACACAGUUGUGAGAGGUUCACGGCAAUAUCACAGCUAAUGAACUUUCAGUUUAAAUUGUGUACAUUUUUAAAUUGUAAGAUUUUUACUGUAUAUUGAUGCAUAGUGUGAUUCAAUAAAUUGCUUGUAAUUUAAAAACUAUUUAAUAUUCAAAAUAAAUAUAGUUAUAUAUUUAUAAA